UUCCAGCAGGUCUGAUCCUUGGGCACCAAGCAAGGAUGCGUGAGAUCGUACACAUCCAGAUUGGCCAGUGUGGCAACCAGAUUGGAGCCAAGUUCUGGGAGGUGAUUGGAGAGGAGCAUGGGAUAGACUGGGCCGGGAGCUACUGCGGGGACAGCGCUCUGCAGCUGGAGAGGAUCAGCGUGUACUACAAUGAGGCCCAUGGUAAGAAAUACGUGCCCCGGGCAGUCUUGGUGGAUCUGGAACCCGGGACCAUGGACAGCAUCCGAUCCAGCCGAGUGGGGGCCCUCUUCCAACCGGACAGCUUUGUCCACGGUAGGUUUUUCCGGAAGGUUCCACCGGGGAGAGAGCAAGAGCGCCUCCUGGAGGUGCGCAUCCUCCCCAGCCCCCAUGCCCGAUCCUGGGGGGGUGGGGGAGGGAGGGGGGUGACCGAGUCCCCUGUGUCCACAGGUAACUCUGGGGCCGGUAACAACUGGGCGAAGGGCUUCUACACGGAGGGCGCCGAGCUGGUGGACAGCGUGCUGGACGUGAUGCGUGCCGAAGCCGAGGGCUGCGACUGCCUGCAGGGCUUCCAGCUAGUGCAUUCGCUGGGCGGGGGCACAGGGUCGGGGAUGGGCACUCUGCUGCUGGGCAAGAUCCGCGAGGAGUACCCUGACCGCAUCCUGAACUCGUUCAGCGUGAUGCCCUCACCAAAGGUGUCAGACACUGUGGUGGAGCCCUACAAUGCCGUGCUGGCGCUGCACCAGCUUGUGCUCAACUCCGACGCCUGCUUCUGCAUCGACAACGAGGCGCUCUACGACAUCUGCUUCCGCACGCUGCGGCUCAGCACUCCCACCUACGGGGACCUCAACCACCUGGUGUCCCUCACCAUGAGCGGCAUCACUACCUCUCUGCGCUUCCCCGGCCAGCUCAACGCUGACCUGCGCAAGCUGGCCGUGAACAUGGUGCCCUUCCCGCGCCUGCACUUUUUCAUGCCCGGCUUUGCGCCGCUCACGGCCCAGGGCAGCCAGCAGUACCGCGCGCUGACCGUGGCCGAGCUCACCCAGCAGAUGUUUGAUGCCCGCAACACCAUGGCCGCCUGCGACCCCCGCCGCGGCCGAUACCUUACCGUGGCCUGCAUCUUCCGGGGCCGGAUGUCCACGAAGGAGGUGGAUGAGCAGCUGCUCAACGUGCAGACCAGGAACAGCAGCUGCUUCGUGGAGUGGAUCCCCAACAACGUCAAGGUGGCCGUGUGCGACAUCCCACCCCGGGGGCUGAGCAUGGCGGCCACCUUCAUCGGCAACAACACAGCCAUCCAGGAGCUGUUCGGCAGGAUUUCCGAGCACUUCUCGGCCAUGUUCAAGAGGAAGGCCUUCGUGCACUGGUACACCGGUGAGGGGAUGGACAUCAACGAGUUUGCUGAAGCUGAGAGUGACAUCCAGGAUUUGGUGUCCGAAUACCAACAGUUUCAAGAUGCCAGAGCGGAUGUGGAAGAGAAGGAGGAGGUGGGGGCAGAAACAGAAGUGGAACCGGCAGAUAAGGAACAUUAACUGCCAGAGGCCCUGCCUGAGGCUGGCUCGGCCGGAGCGCUAUUAGGAUGAGCAAGUCACCCUCCCCGGGAUGGCAGGCCGGUUCUGUACUGCAACACAGAGACCCACCUGCAGCCACUCAGCCUUAGCUUUGAUGGGGGACUUCAGGGGGUGGGGGGUGGGGAAGUACUGACGGGCACUAGGGUCUUGAGUGUGGUAUUCUGUGCACAAGCUUGGUUUUAUUCUUUUUAAUAGGCAGGUGAAUUAACUGUAAAGUGCUCCCUUUGCUUAAAGAUCUGAUUUGGCUACUUGCUGUGUGUGGAGAUGGACUGUGUGGAUGGGGUGGGGGAACCCUUGCAGGUGAGGUUAAGUUGUAUAGGCAUUAGCUACCCUGGUAAGUGCCUGGGGAUCUGUACUUGUUGGCAUCUCGGGACUGUUAAGGCUCUCACUGUAGGUUCUCUCUUAAUGUAUGGCCUGCUGCCCACUUGUUCACACCUGCUGACCUCCAGGAAAGUCAGGUGACUGCUUGGUGUUUGGAAGCCACACAGAGGA